UUAAGAAUGUAUUCAUUACUGUAUAGAUGAUACUUGGAAGGCAAAUUUUGUCCUUACAAACCAUUGUCUGUGUUUACAAUCCUGAUAUUUAACAUGCACUUCUUUAUUUUCUGGGCUUUUCAGGGCCGGGCUUUUAGAUUUAUUUAGCUUUAAAACCAGGUCAACUUUAAAGCAAGAACUGUGUUCGGUGCUGAUACACUGAGACUUUCAUCAUGUACCUGAUACAAGGCAUCGUCCUGCUCCUGCUCAGCGUCAGUGUUCAGAGUCGUUCCAUUAGGGCAUUUGGUAAUGUGACCUCUGAGGAGAUUGUUAACAGCAAUGCCUGUCGGUACGACUCCGUUUCUGCCAUAAUCGAAAGAGCCAACGAGAAUGUUGGAAAGUUAAAUGGUGAUUUCACCAUCAUGCAUGGUGACAUAAUGGUGUACACUGGACUCCAGAAUGCAGCUCCAUGUACUUCUCGUGGCUGCAAGUGGCCCAGGAGCCGAGAUGGGAAUGUUUAUGUGCCUUACGUCAUUUCCAAUGAGUAUUCUUCCUCUGAAAGAAGCGUUAUCCAGCGUGGACUGGACUCUUUCCAAAAGUCCACCUGUAUCCGAUUCAUACCUCGUACCAAUGAGGAGCAAUACAUUGAUAUCAUCUCAGGAAGUGGGUGCUUCUCUUCAGUGGGUCGGAGGCCUGAAAAGCAGAUUUUGUCCCUAAAGAAAAAAACCUGUAUUCAUUAUCACACGGUCCAACAUGAGCUUCUCCAUGCUCUUGGCUUUAAGCAUGAGCAGAGCCGUAGUGAUCGUGACAAACACGUCAAAAUCCUUUUCCAAAAUGUCAAGCCUGAAAAAGUGAGAAAUUUUGAUAUAGAAGACACCAACAAUUUAAACACUCCAUAUGACUACAAUUCUGUCAUGCACUAUUCAAGGUGUGCUUUUUCCAGCGACAACAAACCGACCAUCAUCCCCAUACCUGACAAUAAUGUUUCUGUUGGAGGUGCCCCUGAGAUGAGCCCCAACGACAUUCUACGUGUUAACAGGCUCUACUGCACUUAAACCAAGCAUUUUCAACAUCAUCAAUGUUUCAUUUCUUUCUCAAUUUUUUUUGAUCAUUUUGCUUAUAGUUACUACUAACUUUGAUGUCAUUUUCAUUUUUCACAUGCACUGAUAAAAAGCUAUUAAACUGCAUGCAAAAAAUCAAUGUCUGGAUUCGUAGUGUGAUAACGUGUGAGCUGUAAACAUAAAUGCUGCGUGACUCCUGUGCGUAAAGGGUUCAGUGGCUGCUGGGAAAUUUAGUCUUAGUCCAUAAUCCUGACAGAGCAACUCCUCUAAUAUCCCAUACGGAUUGUCCUGGGAAGUCAAAAAAAAAAAAGA